AAUUUAUCUAUUAAUCGAUUAUAAAUAUUCGACAAUUUAUCCAAAGACUCAACAGUCCAGAGAAGUUUGUAGAAGAAAUUCUAGAUAGAAAUUCUAAAAAGAAAAAAAGAAAAAAAAAGAAAGAAAAAGGAAAAAAAUACUAGAAAGCACCAAAUUACGGAAAAAUGUUUAAUUUUUCAUUACUGUUUAUUGUAACGCUGGCAAUAUUUCCGUGCCUAUUAAAUGCGGAAUGUUGUGGAAGUAAAAAAAUUAAGUUCGAACGAGUCGACAAUUCAAUAAGUUGCCAUCAUUUUGGAGGAAUUAAUCCAAUAGAAGAUGAGGUUGUAAUUUACCCGAUUUAUAGUCUUCGACAUGAAUAUUACGAAAAACGUGGAGAUUGUUUAAUUUCGGCAUGCGGCGAUGGAAAAAAACCCGAAGGAAAACAAUCCUACUGUGGCAAUGGUUCAUGCAAUAUAUUCGGCUGCAAUUGUGACGGUGGUUGCAUUCCCGGAAAUGCUACCGAAAGCUUUAAAGCAUUACAUGGAAAUAAAGUGCGCAAUGUUUUUUCAAUCUUUAUAAAAUUCCCUGACAUUUCCAGGUUGUCCAGGUUGCGUGGCAACACUGAUUUUUGGAUCAAACUAUUAUAUAAAAUUUAACAAAAAAAAGUAAUAAAACUAUUUUCUAUUUGCAAUUUUAAUUUAAAAAAAAACUCUUUUGCAUAACAUAUUUCAAAAUGACGAAAGGAGUAAAUUUCCUUUGUAUUGUAUUAACAUAAGUUAACUAUAAAUAUUCACCAAUUUAUUCAUUAAUCAACUAUAAAUAUUCAUUAAUUUAUUCAUCUAUCGACUAGAAAUAUUCGUCAAUUUAUCAAUUUAUCAAUUUUUUAACUAUAAAUAUUAAUCAAUUUAUCCUUUAUUCGACUAUAAAUAUUCGUCAGUUUAUCUAUAAAAUAGAUUAUAAAUAUUAGUCAAUUUAUCUAUUAAUCGAUUAUAAAUAUUCGUCAAUUUAUCCAAAGACUUAAAAGUCCAGAGAAGUUUGUAGAAAGAAUUAUAGAAAGGAAUUCUAAAAAUAAAGAAAGAAAGAAGAAAGAAGAAAAAAAGAAAAAAAAUACUCAAAGGCACCAAAUUACGGGAAAAAUGUUUAAUUUUUCAUUACUUUUUAUUGUAACACUGGCAAUAUUUCCGUGCCUAUUAAAUGCGGAAUGUUGUGAAAAAGAAAAAAUUAAGUUCGAACGAGUGGACAAUUCAUUGAGUUGUCAAUAUUUUGGAGGAUAUAAUCCAAUGGAUGAUAUGGUUGUAAUGUUUCCGAUUUACAGUCUUCGAUAUAAAUUUUACGAACAACGUGGAGAUUGUUUAACUUUUGCAUGUGGCGAUGGAAAAUCACUCAAAGGUAAAGAUUCCUACUGUGGCAUUGGUUCAUGCAAUAUAUUCGGCUGCAAUUGUGACGGUGGUUGCAUUCCCGGAAAUGCUACCGAAAGUUUUAAAGCAUUACAUGGAAAUAAAGUGCGCAAUGUGAGACUUUAAUUUUUCUACUGUCAAAAUUCACAAAGACAUGUUCUUGAAAGAAAAUUCAGUUGAAAGUUAAAAAAAAAAUAUUAAAAAAUAAUAAAACAUACUUUUUGUAUAGUAUUCAGAAAUAAACUAUUUUUAAUAUCAAAAUAAAGUGUUUCGAUUCUUUAAGAAAAUUUUUAAGUUACAAAAAUGUUUUAAAAAAAUUUUUGUUAAAAAACAAAAAUCCUAAAUCUGUAUUUAGAAUAAACUGUUCUUAAUAUUUAAA